UGUACUGGGGUCCCAUUCCGCUCCCUGGAGCCGCUGGCCGGGGAGGUAGCUCGCAGGUCGAUACCCCUCCCCUACUCCCCUCCCCCUCUCCGUCGCCCCGCCCUGCUGUGCUGGGCGGCGGGGCCAGGGGCCGAGCGGAGAGGGUUAUCAUUCAGUAUGGAAGAAUAUGAGUUCUUCGGAGAGAAAACAUUCCAGCAUCAUUGUGCAGAAUUCAUUAAACAUUCACAGCAGAUAGGCGAUGGUUGGGAAUGGAGAACUUCAAAGGACUGUUCUGAUGGCUACAUGUGCAAAAUGCAUUUUCAAGUGAAAACUGGGACUGUGGCAUCCCAUCCAGGGCACACCCAUGUACAGACCUAUCUUCCUACGGAGGACGCCUCAGAGCUACCACUGGAGGAUUUUGAAGCAACUGAGAUGGCAAUGGAAACUGAAGUGAUUAAAUACGAGUAUCAUGUCUUAUAUUCAUACAGCUACCAAGUGCCCGUACUUUACUUUAGGGCAAGCUUUUUAGAUGGAAGACCUUUAACUCUGAAGGACAUAUGGGAAGGAGUCCAUGAAUGCUAUAAGACACGGCUGCUGCAGGGACCAUGGGACACUAUUACCCAGCAGGAGCAUCCGAUACUUGGGCAACCCUUUUUUGUACUUCAUCCCUGCAAGACAGAUGAAUUCAUGACUCCUGUGUUAAAGAAUUCUCAAAAAAUCAAUAGGAUCGUCAACUACAUCACAUCAUGGCUAAGCAUUGUAGGACCAGUUGUUGGACUUAAUCUACCUCUGAGUUAUGCCAAAGCAGCCUCUCAGGAUGAAGAAAGUGUCUAUCGAUAAGAACAUCACCAACUGGAGUGUUUCAAUGUUUCUAUAUAUACUUAUACAGAAGAUGUAUUAAUCAUAUUAUAUUACUGCUCUACCCUUCAGAAGGCAUAAACUAAAAACUCUUAAUAAAUACCCAGCAAAAUGUGUGCCUUACUUGGCUAACUAGUUACCUGUAAGGCAGUGUUUCUUGCUUUGCAAUGGAGUGGAUCACCUAUAGGAAGAGUUUAAUUUAAGGACAGACUAUUCUGAUUUCAGCUGUGCCAAUUACUUGGACAAAUUCUUUCAAAAUUACUUAAGUGCUACCUUUUCCGGACCUCUAACUUAUGAAGUCGGUGACUUGUAACUUAAUAAGAUAAGAUCAGUAGCAUGUGAAUCCCCUCAAUUCCUGGCAGUGGGAAAAGCAAGGGGAUAGCUACUUUUACAUAAAGACUGCCUGACACCUGUCAAAAAUAAGGAUUUCUCUUGAAAUACACAAAGAUUGUCUCCUAGAUCAGGAGUAUUUGAACACUAACAAACAUUCCCUGGAUUUGGGAACCACAGGACUAAGUAAUCUCCAGAUUCUGCUCUAACAAUUUCUGAUUCAUUUGGGCUUUGCUAGGCAAAUAUAAGAGGUAGCACAAAUUAAAUAACUACCCAGUCACAAUUUUUCAAAACGUUUUAAUUCAUUAAUAAUUUGAGACCCAACAAAUUGUUGCAAAAAUAGUAUAGUUUGUGUAUGCCAGCUUUCCCAAAUGAUAACAUCUUUGAUACCCAGAGUAUUAUUUUCAAAACCAGGAAACUGAUAUUGGUACAACACUGUUAAUUAUAUAGACCUUACUUGUGUUUACCAAUUUUUAUAUACACUUUUUUUGGUAUACAGUACUAGGAAAUUCCAUCACAAGUACUGAUAUAUUUAAACACCACCACAGUCAGGACACAGAACUGUUCAACACAGAGACUCUCUGAGAUACUACCUCCAUCCUUAAUCCCUGGCAACCCCAGAUCUCUUCUCCAUGGCUAUAAUUUUGUCAUUUCAAGAGUUUUAUAUAGAUGAAAUGAUACAGGACAUAUGUAGUCUUUUGAGAUUGACUUUUUGUACUUCCUAUAAUACCACUGAGAUCCUCAGAAGUUGUUGCAUGUAACAGUAGUUUCUUUUAUGACUGAGCAGUUCAUUUAUGGAUGUAACCAGUUUAUCUGUCCGCCUCCUGAAGGACAUUCGGAUUGUUUCUGGGUCUUGGCUAUUACGAAGCUGUAUGUGAGUGUAUAGGAUUUUGUGUAGGCAGACAUUUCAAUUCUGUAUAAUCACCUCCGAGUGCAAUUGCUGGAUCUUAUUGUAGGUACGUUUAACCUUACAAAAAACUGGAGUAACUGUAUCACUUCAUAUUUACACCAACAAUGUAUGAUGUCCAGUUUCCGUAGUCUCACCAGUAUUUGGUAUUUUUUUAUUUUAGCCAUUCUGAUAGGUGUAUAGUGGUACUUCCUUAUGAUUGUUAUUUGUAUUUUAAUUGCUAAUGAUGAUCAUCUUUUCGUAUGCUUGUCAUCUUUGUGAUUUAUUCAUUCACCCAUUUUAAAUAGGGUUUUUUCUUUUGAGAUUAAAGAGUACUUUAUGUAUAUUUUGAAUGCAAUCUUCUAUUGGAUUAUGUCAAUUUCAAGUAUUUUUCUCCCUCUCUGUGGUUUAUCUCUUCCUCUCAACAAAAUCUUUCACAGAGCAUAAGUUUCUAAUUUUAGUUGUCCAAUUUAUCCAUUUUAUCUUUUUGUGGAAUGUGCUUUCGGUGUAACGUCUAAGAACUCUUCACCAAAUCCUGUCAUGAAGAUAUUGUUUUCUUCUACAAGUUUUAUAUCUUUACAUUCUACAUUCAGAUAUAUGAUCCAUUUUUAAUUAAAUUUUGCAUAAUGUGAUUUAGGUUAAAGUCCGUUUUGGGUUUUUUUUGCAAAAGGAAGUCCACUUUAUUGAAAAGGCUAUCCAUCCUCCACUGAAUUGCUUUUGUAUCUCUCAAAGAGCAGUUGGUCGUAACUGUACAGGUCUAUUUGUGGACUCUCCUAUUUUAUUGAUCUGUGUGUCUCUCCUCCAGUACCCCCAAUCCUCUUGGUUACUACAGCUUCAAGUUAAGCCCUAAAACAAAGUUUUGUGAUUCUUCCACCUUUAUUCAUUUUCAAUACUGUUUUAGCUGCCCUAGUUCCUUUGCUUUAACAUAUAAACUCUGGAAUUAGCUUUUCUAUUAAAAAAAAAAAAGCUGCUGGGAUUUCUUAAGUUGUGCACCCACGGUGAGCACUUCCUCUCACCACAGCCUGCCCCGCUGGUCUGGCGCAGCACAGCGCCGGGCACAGGCUUCAUGCUGGAUCUUAGGAUGAAGGGUCCAGGUUCACAGGGUGGUGGCAGUGGGGUGGGAGGAAUACACAGGAGGCAGAAGGAACCCAGCCAGUUUCACUUUCGAGUCUGAGAUGCCCGAGAUUGAUUUGCAGAUCACUUAGCCAUAGCAGUUCGGGCAUCCCGGGUGCAUCCAGGAGGCUACAAGGACGAGCCGCCAUCGCAGGGCGCCGCAACUCCGAGGCCCGUAGGUCUUUGCCGGUCAGUUCCGCUGAAGGGUCAACACCGUAGUUAGGGGACGUGCAGAGACUGGCGGGCGGGUGUCGGCAUCGCCCCGCCCUGCUGCCCAAGGGCCAACUGCCUUCCGAGGACCCCACCGGCUCGCGAGGGCUCCCCGCGCCUCGCCGGACCGCAGGGAUGGAACCGCUCGGCCAGGCAUCUCCCUGGAGGUGCACCUGGUCAGCCUCUGGGACUGGCUUAACCGAUCCACUUUUUGUUCAAUUAGAGACUGCUGCGAGACUGCUGCUGAGAUGGAAAGCAAGAACAGCACUCUAAUGUAUUAAUGUUACCAAAUUAACAUGUUCAACACCUUAAUAUUUAUACAAUGUUUCAAUUUAAAGAGCCAGUCUCUUUCCACCCUCGUGAAGACGAUCCCACGAUCAUCCGUGAGCGUUAAGCACAGGUGUGCAGUGUUUGGGAAUCAGUUCUGAGUUGGGAGGAGCAGCAGGUGACCCUGCCAGGCUCAAGUUGGAUUGGCAAGGCAGGUUUGAACAACCGAGAGGUCAGCUUCACUGGAGCAACAGGGAGCAGACACCAUCUCCUGUGCCAUGGUUAAGGACUCUGGUCUUGACCUUAGAAAUGGGAAGCCACAGAAUUCCCUUUCCCAAAUCAUAAACAUGACCUAACAUUAGGAUAGAGAGCAUAACUGAACUAAUGUUGCCAACACAGUUCCUCAGAUCACAGAUUUAAGGCUAACAGUCUCAUUUUGAUGAGAUUUUACCUUUUUCUAUGGUAAUUUUCUAACAAGGAUUUGUGGAGAGUGAACCACCAUAUAUCCAACUUCUAGCUUCAACAAUCAAAACACAACCGUUCUUGACCAUUUCUACCUCAUCACUUCCAUUACUCUGUGCACCUUCAAGUAAAACAAGAUCAAGUUAAGUUACUGGAAAGCUCGGGGCAGUGAACACUUAAAUGGAUCUUUCUCUGCCUGGUCCCCCUUGCUCUUGAACAGGCUUUCCCCCAUGCCCUAGUUUACCUGCCACACACUCCCAUUAACUUCUAUCUACUACACCAUCCAAUGCCUAAGUUUUGCUAUUAAACAGAAUUACAGCAGAUCCUGAUCUUCACCGGCCAAGUACUCUAGCAACUUGAAGGUAGUAUUUAGAAAACUGGGUAACCAGGGAAAUGGAUCCAAGAAUGUACAUUGCCAAGGGUUCCCAAGAUGAUUCCUGUUAGAAGUUUGGUGAGAUUUUAGGGUUCUCUGUACAGAAAUAAUGUGCCUUUAUUGCAGAUUAACUUAUUUAAUUCAUUCUAUGGAGAGGGAGCAACUUUAUUGACAAUUCCAUUUACACUAGGAAAUACUGAAUUAACUGCUUUCCCAAUCUCUUAAAAUUGGUAAAGAUUAUAAUUCAUCUCUUAAGUAAAGACAGA